AUGCUCAAGAGGAAAUCGGAGGCCCUAGGCGACAGCCCCGACAUUUCGCCACCCCCCGGUCGUGUGAAGAUGUCAGCGCCACCGGCAACGAUUGACAUUGAGCUGACGCCUCAGGAGACCCGGCUGAAAAACCUCCUGGUGGAUACCGCUAGGCGCAUAGACGAGUCAGGCCAACUCGACGAGCCCGUUGUGCUGCGCUGGGCCGGCGGCUGGGUUCGUGACAAGCUCUUAGGGAUCGAGUCUCACGACAUAGAUACCGCCAUCAACGCGAUGACCGGCGAGGCCUUUGCGUUGAAGAUAGCUGAGAUAUGUCAGGAGCCAGGAACGAUCGAGAAGCACGGCAUCGAAGACCACGACGUGGGAAGCCUCCAUAAGAUUGAGCGGAACCCGGAAAAGUCCAAACACCUCGAGACCACCACCGUGAAGCUCUUCGGGUACGAUGUAGACUUCGUCAAUCUCCGCAAGGAGACCUACACGAAGGACAGCCGCAACCCUCAGAUGGAAUUUGGCACCGCUGAGGAAGAUGCUCUGCGGCGGGACGCCACCAUCAAUGCGCUGUUCUACAACCUAAAUACGGGCCAUGUCGAGGACUUCACCACUGGUCUGGCGGAUAUGAAGCUGAAGCUGAUUAGGACGCCUCUUGAUCCCUUACAGACCUUUACGGACGACCCCCUUCGCGUCCUGCGACUCAUCAGGUUCGCGACACGCCUGGAAUUUGCUAUCGACCCUGCCGCGGAGGUGGUUAUGAGCGACAGCCGUGUCCUCGAUGCGCUCCGGCUGAAAAUUAGCCGCGAGAGGAUCGGCGUCGAGAUGGAGAAAAUGCUGAAGGGAAAACACCCUCGGGAAUCCCUGGAAUACAUCAGCAACCUCGGUCUGUACCACGCGAUUUACACAGACCCCUCAAAGACGAUGUCAACUCCGGAUAUCUCCAAGUGGAGUCUGGCCUACGAAUGUCUCGACUCUCUUCGUCGGAACAAGACGCCUGGCUCCAUUUUCGAUGUACUGGUACGAUCAGACGAGGCCGCCUACUACGCCUGGACGUUGGCCUCUGUCUGUCCUUGGGAUAAUGCGGGAGCACCACCUCACAGUGGCCGCCGAAAGCCCCCUCCCCCUUUCGUAACCUCAGUCUUGGCUGAAGGCAUUAGGGGUACGGCUAAGAUGUGCGAUCUUGCGACGGCCUCGUAUAACAACAGAGCGGAGAUCAUGUCUCUAAAGACGGCAGUGUGCCAAAAUGCCCCUGAGAUAAAUGAAAGGGACAGGUUCGGGAUGGCGAUUCGGCGUUGGAAUGAUAGAGCUGGCCAUUGGAGGCUACAAGUUUUAUACGCACUCCUAGUCGAAGCCAUGGGCCGUUUAGCCCCAGGGUCAGAGAAUCCCACCAGCAACGACGAAUUCUUGCGCCAGUGGCAACUGUUUCUGGACCACCUGCAGGAGAUCGAUGUCGUAGAGGCGCCCUCGCUGAAACGGCUGGUUGGCGGGACUCAGCUUUUCGAGGCCUUGGGUGUGACGCCGGGCAAAUGGAUGAACCCAACGCUCGACUUCUGUCUUGCCUGGCAGUUCCGCCACCCAGAAGCCACGGACCCUUCUGAACUCAUCGAGGAGGUGAAGGGCAACAGGGCCGCACUAGGUAUACCGGAGAAAGAGUGA